AUGGAACAACUCGUGAAUGUCGAAGAUCCUGAUCCCGGUGUUACAGGCAAGCAAGAAGACGCGUCAAUCCUCUCGGCCAACGGAAUGCCUUCACGUACUUUCCAUCCGUUCCCAAAGCUUCCGAUAGAACUGCGACUGAAGAUUUGGAAGACGUCUUGUUUUCCUUUCGCGGAUCACGAGCAUGGCCUACACUACAUCGACCUGGCAUCCCACAGCGAUAGCAAGCUGCCUGUGGUUGAGUAUGGAAAAGGGGAACCAAUGAAGAUGACAGCGCUUGAUCCCGAUUUCAAGACCGCGCCAGAAAUUCAAGCGUCUACCGAUCACGCCAACAGAUCUGCUUACAUGUGGAGUGUUGGUCUCUGGAAAGCCUGUAAAGAGUCGAGAGAGGUUAUUGCCACGCACUUUCAACUCAAGGUUUAA